AAAUAGCCAGAGUGUAGACUCCGACAACAUCCACAAGAAGAAACUUUCUCUAAUUAAAAUGGCUGUUCCCACGGGAAACGCCCAUCUCUUCUUUCUCCGGCCUCUCAUCCUCGCCGUUCUCUCCUUUCUUCUUCUCUCUUCAUUCGUCUCUUCCGUUGAGUGGCUCGAUCUCGAUUCAUCAGAUCUCAAAGCUCUUCAGGUCAUCGAAACAGAGCUCGGAGUCAACAGUCAACGUUCUUCAUCCAGUGAUGUCAACCCUUGCGGUCGCCGAGGAGUUUUCUGCGAGAGACGGCGUUCUGCCACCACCGGAGAAUACGUUCUCCGUGUCACGAGGCUCGUUUACCGAUCCAGGAGCUUGACGGGGACUAUCUCUCCGGUGAUUGGAAAGUUGUCGGAGCUCAAGGAACUCACUUUGUCUAAUAACCAGUUGGUCUACGCUGUUCCGGUGGAUAUCUUGAGCUGUAAGCAACUUGAAGUUCUUGAUCUUCGGAAAAAUAGAUUUUCCGGUCAAAUUCCGGGAAACUUUUCUAGUUUGAGCCGUCUUCGAAUCCUUGAUCUUUCUUCGAACAAAUUCUCCGGGAACUUGAAUUUCUUGAAGAAUCUACGCAAGCUGGAGAAUCUCUCUGUUGCAAACAAUCUCUUCUCAGGCAAAAUCCCGGAACCAAGUGUGUCGUUCCACAAUCUCCGGUUCUUUGAUUUCUCCGGAAACCGGUAUUUGGAAGGUCCGGUUCCGGUUAUGAGCAAUAACAAGCUUCAGACAUCUCCACACCAAACAAGACACAUUCUUGCUGAAACUCCAUCUUCAAAUUCCACGAAGAAACCUAACAACAGCACUACAUCAAAAGCUCCAAAGGGAGCUCCAAAACCAGAGAAGUUGAAGAAGAAGAAGAAGAAGAGCAAGAAGAAGAAAGUAGCGGCAUGGAUCUUAGGGUUUGUCGUUGGAGCCAUAGGCGGAACAAUCUCUGGGUUUGUCUUCUCGGUGUUGUUCAAAUUGAUUAUUCAAGCAAUAAGAGGAUCAGGAAAACCAUCAGGUCCUUCCAUAUUCAGCCCAUUGAUCAAGAAAGCUGAAGAUUUAGCUUUCUUGGAGAAUGAAGAAGCGUUAGCUUCUCUGGAGAUCAUAGGAAGAGGAGGUUGUGGAGAAGUCUUCAAAGCUGAACUACCAGGAAGCAACGGCAAGAUCAUCGCUGUAAAGAAAGUGAUCCAACCGCCUAAAGAUGCCGACGAACUAACAGAUGAAGAUUCCAAGUUUAUGAACAAGAAAAUGAGGCAAAUCAGAUCCGAGAUCAGCACAGUCGGCCAAAUCCGGCACCGGAAUCUUCUCCCAUUGUUAGCACAUGUGUCAAGACCAGAGUGCCACUACCUCGUUUACGAGUACAUGGAGAAGGGGAGUUUGCAAGAUAUAUUGACUGAUGUACAAGCUGGAAACCAAGAGCUAAUGUGGCCAGCGAGGCACAAGAUUGCUUUAGGUACUGUGGGAUACAUAGCACCAGAGUUUUAUCAAACUCACAAGUUCACAGAUAAAUGUGAUAUCUAUAGUUUUGGAGUGAUUCUUGGGAUUCUGGUAAUUGGGAAGCUUCCUUCAGAUGAGUUUUUUCAGCAUACCGACGAGAUGAGUCUGAUAAAGUGGAUGAGGAACAUAAUAACAUCGGAAAAUCCUAGCCUUGCGAUUGAUCCGAAGUUGAUGGGACAAGGAUUCGAUGAACAAAUGCUGCUGGUUCUGAAGAUCGCCUGUUACUGUACUUUGGAUGAUCCAAAACAGAGGCCGAACAGCAAAGAUGUCAGGACCAUGUUGUCCCAGAUCAAGCACUAGUGUUUCAACAUGUAUUGUUUGCUUCUAUGUAUGUUUUCUAGAUUCCUGUUGCAUAAGAAAUAACUGUGAACACAAUCUUGGCAGAAAUUUGUAAUGAAGACUGUAUAAUUUA